UAUUUGAAAUAUUAAAAUAAACACAGAAAUAUUUUAUCAAUUCAAAUGUCAAUUAUAAGCGUUCGGAUGUAAAUUACACUGCAAUACAAGUGAUAGUCAUGGCUCAGUUUUAUUUGACGAUAUUUUUAGGAAGUGUCUGGUUUUGACCACGCGGUGUUCAAUUUCUAGUAUCUUACCCUCAUGUUAAUUACUCGCGUGAAUGACUUUUUAUAUGUGCAAGCGUCAUUCGUAUUUGACCAACCAACAUUUAAUCAAUUGAAGCACGGUUUGUGGUUCUGAUCAUUUUCGGCUUUGCAUUCACAGCAGGCACGGGUAAAAUAAUUUUCGAGCUUUGAACAUCGUGUAUUUAUCAGCGAAAUGUUGCAUUUCUCUGAGGCCUUCUGAACACCGAGACGUGAUUAUGAAUGGCUCCGACGUGUGCCCUCGCUGAACUGAAGUAUAAAGACUACAACCUACAACGUAUUAAUCAUGACCACACUUCUUAAACUCAUCAUCAUAUUUUUCUUCGUCGCAAUAUUUCUGGACCCUGUCGGUGGUUCGUACUCCUCGAAGUUGUAUCCAUUUGGAAAAGACGUUGACGAUUUGCAUUUACCUGUUAAAGAUGACGUGAGCUCAGACGCCAUAUCAACACCGCCAUUUUGGUUCUUUGGAUUGAAUGUCAGUACUAUAUAUGUUCACGAAAAUGGACUCAUUUCGUUUGGUUCUACUUUGAACGACCAAUCACCAGCAUUAUUUCCGCUGACCAAUGAAGCUCUUGCAGCAGCUCCGUACUGGGCUGACGUAUACACAGAAAGAGGCGGUAGAGUCUGGUACCGAAAAACAACUGAUGAUGCAAUCGUUUCCCGGGCAACAAGAGACGUGAUCAGGGCAUUUCCACGUUACACAGGAUAUAUGGCAAGCUGGGUAGUUAUCGUCACAUGGGAUGAAGUAACUUUCUAUGCAGCCAGCGGUAUAUACACACAGAACCGAAACACAUUUCAAGUUUUCAUAACAAGUGAUGGAGUUAUGUCAUUUGCUGGUUACAUAUACGAUAAUCUUUCAUGGACGAGUGACACAUUGAAUGGGGCAAUGAGUAAUGGUCUAGGGGGAAAACCAGCUCAGAUUGGCUUUAUUUACGAAUAUUCUUACCACAAGUUGUCGGUAUCUGGAACGGACGGCAUCUUGGGCCUCGUAAAUACAAGUAACUGCGGCCAACCAGGCGUAUGGCUAUUUAGAAUUGAUGACGUCAAAAAGAUUGACGAAAAUAUGUGCGAAAGCAAGGGAACUUUAUCAAUUCAUCCGACCAUUGGAAGAGUAGACAGUGGGACCAAUCUUCUCAUAAGUGGUCUUUGCUAUCGUCCUGGUGCUGAAGUUCGAUGUGAUUUUGGUGAACUAGGCACCGUAACAGGGCGUAGAAUCAACGAAACUAAAGCUGUUUGUUCUGUUCCUUUGACAACAACGAGUAAAGAGGUCACCCUUUUUCUUUAUUCCACUGAUGAUGUUAACUUAAAGAUGGCACAAGUGUUCCUUAUAGAGCCUCCCAAUUUUUAUGAUGCAUACAUACAAAGAGGCGACCCUAAACUCUGGACCUUUGGUAACCGCGUUGGCAUCUCUUGGGAUUCCCAAGAGUUGGCGGUAGAGCACGUAAUGGUGGAAAUCAUAAAUUUAUUUGAUGGUCAAGAAGGAAUCAAAGUUCACAGCAAUAUCACUGUCGUCAGCGACCAACUAAAUACAGGAAAAGCUGAGUUUGAUCUGCCAAACAUGGAGACUUUGAGGAAGGACCACAGUGCACCAAAAUUGUUACACACGAUUCUUGUCCGAAGCUUACAGAACAAUGCUUUUUACAAAUAUGUGUCGAAGGAGUGGAUUGGAAGUGAUUUCUUCCAUUUAACCAAUGAAACGCUGGCCAAUAAAAGCUGCACAGACUGGAUAAGAAGCCAAGAAAAUAAUUUGUCCUUUAUGGAAGGUUAUGGACCGUUGACUCCUUGCCCAAAGACUCGACGGCAGAUGGAAGCGGAUAUGGGACGUUUUGUGUUCUGCGAGCUGUGCGAUGUACAGAUCUUACCCCUGUGUAAGAUCUAUUACAAAAAUGUGGACAUAUGUUACAAGACGCAACCCUUCUGGGUUAGAGGAUUACAACGGAAAUGUUGCUAUGACAACGAAGGAGAGUUGACUGCAGGACCUCUUAGUGGAAUCACCGAUCCAAAGAACUCAAUAUUUGCACUCUUUAAGGAGGACUUCUUGCCUUACCUAGAAUGCUGCAUGUUUUCAGACAACUGUUUCAAGUACCAGGAGCUGUUGACAUCUGGAUCGCUAUACAUUCCUCCAAAUAUUGGAGCGUCAUUUGGUGAUCCUCACAUCAUAUCCUUUGAUGGCGUGGAGUAUACGUUUAAUGGAUUUGGCGAGUAUACAGUUCUUAGCGUCAACAACAGUCAGUUCGUUCUUCAAGGAAGAAUGCAACCUUUGAACGGUGGACAAAAUGGAAAAUCACCGGCCACAGUAUUUACUGCAUUCGCAAUGACGCAGCAAGGUGGUAGCUUGAUUCAAGUUCAACGAAAUGAGCUUCAACUAAUAGAAGUUCUUAUAGACGGAAUUCCAAGCGUUAUCGAGCAUAACCACGAAUUGCAAUCUGCAGGAGUGUUCAUUAGAAAUUCGACGCGAGGAAGCUACCCAAGAGUUAUACUUGCCUUCAGCUCUGGCAUCACUGUGUAUGUAGAAAGCGCUGCAGUCCUGCAGAUGGCAGUAGCGGUUCCUGUCGAGUUUAAGGGUAAAACGAAUGGACUUCUUGGUUAUUGGGAUGACAACGUUGACAAAGAGUAUCUUCUACCGAACAAAGUAUUUCUUAACACAGCUUCUACCAUGUCCGAAAUACAUCAUGAGUUUGGCCAGCGAUGGGCUACAAAAAAAAGUGAUUCCCUAUUCACCUACAAUCAAGGAAAAAUGCACGAGGACUAUUUCGACACUUCUUAUGUUCCAACGUUCAUGGAGAGCUAUGAUCCUAUCAUCGCCAAGAUGAACAAUGGAGAAAGAAAAAGAGCACUAAUGACGUGCGAGCAAUCAUUCCAGUGCAUAUUCGACAUCGCAGUCACCGGAAGGUUAGAUGUUGGUAAAGCUACCAAGGAGUUUCAGGAAUGGCUAUUGGGCGUGAAAAGGGACCUCCACGACGAAGGAUGCAGUGUAACUUUAAGCCUUGUGGGAGGAUCGGUACAAACGAACGUCACAGGUGACCUUGUAACUCACUCCUUUACAUGUAACCAGGGCUACGUAAUGGCUGGUAAAAAUACAAUUUCUUGCCGUGGAGGGUUCUGGUAUGGAUCAAAACCUACCUGCUAUCGAGUGUCAACUACCUGCAAGCCGUUGACUGAGAUUUCUUUUCCUAACGGCAACUUUCAUGGUCAAGGAAGCAUGCUUGGUGAUCGAUACCAAUUCAAGUGUGACUGGCCUUUCACGCUCAUCGGGAACGAGGAAGUGGUGUGUGGUAAAGAUGGUUUCUGGAGUGGAAAAGUUCCCUUUUGCCAAAGGCGAAACUGCUCCCAAGUAAGUAUAGCUAAUGCCAAAGUUCUCGUUGGAAAUGAAGGUGAUCUCGUGAUCAGGUGUAAUGAAGGAUACAAUCUGAUUGGAUCCAAUGCCAUAAGCUGCUUGCCAAACGGGUUACUGAAUGGAACGCUACCCUCAUGUGGCAGAGAGCAGGCCAGGAGAGACCCUGCAGGUGAGAGGGGCAUUCCACGCCUUGUUAUCGUGAUCGGAGUGGUAGUUAUUAUCAUCACAAUUAUUGUAGUUGUGGUGACAAUCUACCUGGUGCGCAAACAUCGCAGGCGGAAAGCUACUCAAGUACAAAAGAAGCCGGCGGAAGCCCAGGAGGAGAUAUCAGUUUGAGCUGUGAAUUUGGCAAGCUUUAACUUGAUGUUUCUGGCGGAUUUGUCGGUACAGGAACGAAGAAAAGUAGCAACAACAUUACAGCUGCAGCGUGUCAUAAACGUCUGUACAAGUGAACAAUAAUAACUACAUAACUUUAGGUCAUUCCGCUGAAGUAGAACCUGCACUGAGAUUUUUGUGAAACUUUGCCUAUCGAUUGUUUAUAUCAUAGGAACUAAAAUUUUCAAAUAAAAAUGAGGGGUUCCCAUGUUCGUUAACGUUAAGGAGCAAAAGCACCUUGUUUAUACCCAUAUAAAUCCUUAUAAUAGCACCAUGAUUGUAGUUACGAUUGCU